AUGAGAAAGGAAGAGAGGAGACCAGAAGCCAUUUAUACCAUACGAGGGAAGGCAGCUACAGGAAUCAUAAAGAGAGAAGGAUCUGUGAGUGGAUAUACACUAGAGCCACACAUAAACAGGAUAACAUCGGCAGCAUCUGAGACGCUGGCAGAUAUAAGAACAUCGUUAAAGAAGCUGAAUCAGGACUCCUUCAAAGCAAUAGAAUACGCAUCACCGGUAUGGAAUCCACACCUGGUGAAACAUAAAGCCAAAAUUGAACAAAUACAAAUACUUUGCAACGGAGCUAAGAGGGCAAAGCUACAAAGACAGGCUACUGCAACUAAAUAUCACCACCCUAGAGCCUUGCCCAAUCGACCAGAGGAUGGUCGAUUGGGUGAGCCUGGGCAGUGGGGCAAGUCUGGGCAGUGGGCAAGUCUGGGCAGUGGGGCAAGUCUGGGCAGUGGGCAAGUCUGGGCAGUGGGGCAAGUCUGGGCAGUGGGCAAGUCUGGGCAGUGGGGCAAGUCUGGGCAAGUCUGGGCAGUGGGGCAAGUCUGGGCAGUGGGCAAUUCUGGGCAGUGGGCAAGCCUGGGCAGUGGGCAAGCCUGGGCAGUGGGCAAGCCUGGUCAGUGGGGCAAGCCUGGGCAGUGGGGCAAGCCUGGGCAGUGGGGCAAGUCUGGGCAGUGGGGCAAGCCUGGUCAGUGGGGCAAGCCUGGUCAGUGGGGCAAGCCUGGGCAGUGGGGCAAGCCUGGGCAGUGGGGCAAGCCUGGGCAGUGGGGCAAGCCUGGGCAGUGGGAGCCUCCUAUUGCCCAAGAGCCUCCUAAUGGCCAAGAGCCUCCUAUUGCCCAAGAGCCUCCUAAUGGCCAAGAGCCUCUUAACAGCCAAGAGCCUCUUAACAGCCAAGAGCCUCUUAACAGCCAAGAGCCUCUUAACAGCCAAGAGCCUCUUAACAGCCAAGAGCUUCCUAAUGGCCAAGAGCCUCCUAAUACCCAAGAGCCUCCUAAUGCCCAAGAGCCUCCUAUUGCCCAAGAGCCUCUUAACAGCCAAGAGCCUCCUAAUGGCCAAGAGCCUCUUAACAGCCAAGAGCCUCCUAAUGCCCAAGAGCCUCUUAAUGCCCAAGAGCCUCCUAAUGCCCAAGAGCCUCCUAAUGCCCAAGAGCCUCCUAAUGCCCAAGAGCCUCCUAAUGCCCAAGAGCCUCCUAAUGCCCAAGAGCCUCCUAAUGCCCAAGAGCCUCCUAAUGCCCAAGAGCCUCCUAAUGGCCAAGAGCCUCUUAACAGCCAAGAGCCUCUUAACAGCCAAGAGCCUCUUAACAGCCAAGAGCCUCCUAAUGCCCAAGAGCCUCUUAAUGCCCAAGAGCCUCCUAAUGCCCAAGAGCCUCCUAAUGCCCAAGAGCCUCCUAAUGCCCAAGAGCCUCCUAAUGGCCAAGAGCCUCUUAACAGCCAAGAGCCUCUUAACAGCCAAGAGCUUCCUAAUGCCCAAGAGCCUCCUAAUACCCAAGAGCCUCUUAAUGCCCAAGAGCCUCCUAAUGGCCAAGAGCCUUUUUGCUGUGGUUGCCAAUUUGUGGAUGGCCAGGAAGUAGGCAACAAGGCAUACCUGUUAUGA